CACCUGUCAGUGUCCAUCAGUGCCUUGUGUCAGUGCUCAUCAGUGCCUAUCAGUGCCACAUCAAUGCCACACAUCAGUGCCUACCAGUGCACAUCAAUGCCACAUAUCAAUGUCACCCAUCAGUGCCAGUCAGUGCCACCUAUCAAUGCCAAUCAGUGCCACCUAUCAGUGCUGCCAAUCAGUGCCACCUAUCAGUGCCAUGUCCAUCAGUGCCACCUAUCAGUGUCCAUCAGUGCAGCCUAUCAUUGUCCAUCACUGCAGCCUCAUUAGCGCAUAUCAGUGAAGAAGAAGAAUCACUUAUUUACAAAAUUGUAUAA